UAGUUGGCCUAUCGAACUAUUGCGCACGGAUUGUGUCACGCUAAACUAUUCUAUCGUCCGAAUAAUUAUCAAUGCGAGGUCGUAUUGGGUCCACUGCACAUCGAACAUGUACAGUGACGUCUACUCAGGCACCUGCACGGUACUGCACACAGCGUGAACGUGAACGAUACAAACCUGCAUCAGACAAGCGCCUAUGGGGUGCUGCGUUUGCCAUUCUCAGCACUCCAAGGGACCGCUUUUGGGCAAACAGCAGUCGGCGAUAAAUCUCUGUCAACUUCACCUCGUGCAAAUUGUCAGACGCCGGUGAAAUGAAGUUAUCCCUUGAAGUCGUGUUGGGGAUGGCCCUAGCAAUCGAUUCUGCAAAAUUACAGGUUUUAUCUGAGGUCGUUUCGAAUGCUAGUAACAUCGGCCUCGUGGGAAUGAAUGCAGGGGAAAAAAGUUGCCCGGAAUUUCGUUGUUUUGAUGGCUCACGUUGCGUAAUGAAGCUGGCGCAAUGCGACGGACGUGAAGACUGCGAGGACGGUAGCGAUGAGCUUCACUGCGAUCUGAAUAGAAGUAACCCAGGCAAUUGGCUUUCGCGCACUUUUCUAGAUGACUGUUCAGGCUUUCGUUGUGAAAAGGGAGGGACGUGCAUUGAGAGUGAGCAGAUCUGCGACGGAAGGAAGGACUGUAUAGAUAAUAGCGAUGAAGCCCCGACACUCUGCUCUCAGCAUCCAUGCUUAAAGAACUGCGAGCAUUUCUGUAUACGUCACCGAAACGUAUCGAUGUGUGGUUGCACACCGGGUUACGAUGUUUUUGACGGCCAACACUGUCGAAUAGCCGAUUCCUGCAUGGCGGAAGGUUGUUCGCAGCAAUGCGACCAAAUAGGACAAACGGUGAAAUGCAAGUGUCAGACUGGAUUUCAUCUAACAACUGAAAAGCGCUGCGAGAUCGAUGCAGCUGAAGGUCCGCCGUCGAUCCUGUUUGCUAUGGGACAUCAAGUACUCGAACUAGACGCGGCGAACCAUGAGUAUUUCGCUAAAUUCACUGACCCAAGUUCGGCGUCGUCGGUUCUAGCAUUCGACAUAAGUAUAGGCAAUAGUAUUCUGUAUAUCGUAACGGCUGAUCAUGAAACGAGGAGAUGUCGUCUUAUGUCAAGUACAAGAGGCGCUAGAGCUAAUGCCAUAUUUAAGCAUCAUGCACACCUCGGCGAAAUUGUAGAUCUUGCAGUAGAUUGGAUAACGAACAACUUGUACAUAGUUGACGCACUGAUCUCAUCGAUCGUCGUUUGUCGGCCGAGCGAGGAGAUAUGCGCUCAAAUCUUUACUGAACUUGGCUCAGCUCAUUAUAUAGUACUUGAUCCAAUCGAAGGUCGUCUAUUUUGGAGCGAUUUAGAUGAUAACAAAAAGGGAAUCUAUGAAGGAUCAAUGGACGGCAAGCUGAAAAAGGCUCUUGUAACGGAACGUGUUACUAAGCCAUACGGUUUAGCACUCGAUCUAUUUGCCAGCCGACUCUACUGGCUUGAGGCUGCGGAUCUGCGCGUGAAGUUUGUCCGUACCGAUUCGGGCGUCCGAGGCGAGCUCAUCGCACUGCCGGCGAACAGGUACCCUUCAGGACUUGCCGUCUUUGGUGAUCAUCUCUACUGGUCAGACCUGGGGCAUCACAGUAGCAAAGUGGCAUCAUGCGACAAACUUACCGGCAAGAAUGUUACUAUCCACACUGAAACCAAUUCAGGCAAAUUUAUCUUCACAUUACGAGCCUACCAUCCUCUGAUGCAGCCACCGAGAAAAAAUCCGUGCAAAAGCAAUCCAUGUUCCCACUUGUGCGUCAUCUCUGGUCCUAGCGAAAAAAGCUUCGCUUGCCUUUGUCCUUCCUAUUAUAAGUUAGUAUCGAAAACACAAUGCGAAUUGAGUACAGCGUCAUUCAUGAUGGCCGCAAGCGAACAGCUCAUUUUUGUUCCGUCCGACGCUGCUCUCGGUCAAGAUUUGAGCGCCACCACAACUGCGAAGAAGAUUCCCCACGUCGCUACUAUGGCCUUCGACGACGCUGAAAACAUGCUAUACGCCGUCGAAGAUAAUGGUACCCCCCGUAUGAUCAGAAUCAAGCUAGAAGACAACUACCAGCCGGAAACGGUCAAUGUCAGCAUCGAUUACGUUACGACGAUGCAUUUCGAUCCCAUCCAUCGCCUGCUGUAUUGGUUGGACAUCUCGCAGGCUGUCAUUGGCGUCUAUAACCCCCAACGGAACGAGGAAUCUCGUUUCCGAUUAGAGAAUCCCGACGUAACCAGUCCAAUCGAUUUUGCCGUUGAUUUUAGCCGAGGACGGAUGUACGUUAUUGUUGUGAACAAGACCACGGCCGCACGCGUAAUUAAUAUAUACCGCUCUAAUGGGAAGUUUGAGCGUGCACUGAAGCCCCGCGGACGACGACCAUUUCGAAUUGCCGUGGACUAUAAGGAAACUAUUGUUUUUGUUUACGAUGCUGAACAGCAACAAAUCGAUUCUCUCGAUGUGAGGUCAGGAGAGACAGUUAUCACAAUUCACAACGUCUCGUAUGUUCAGCAUCUUUAUUUCUGGGAAUCGAACCUGGUCUGGUCGGGACUGCGUCAACAGGGCUUCUUUAGUGCAGCACCAAAUGGCUGGACAGUUAAGCAAAUUCGCCGAGAAGAGUGGAUUGCAUUCACUUCAGCGUUGGCCUUCCAUAGAGAAAAGAUGCCGACGGCCCUUUCAGGCCCGUGUCACGAAAACAACGCCGGAUGCUCCCAUACUUGCAUUGACAGCCUCAUGGAAAGCUUGAUUUGUCUUUGCCCCAUCGGCAUGCAACUAGAACCCAACGGGAGGAACUGCACGGCCAUGCCGAGGGCCCAAUGUCAAAGACACGAAUUCGCCUGUUCAAACGGCUACCAAUGCGUCGAUAGGAGCCUGACCUGUGACAACAUCGGACAUUGUGAUGAUCGCUCGGAUGAGAACUCUACUCUAUGUACGAAGUGUCCGAUAGGAAUGAUAAAAUGUGGUGAUCUGGGCCGAUGUGUUCCGGAUUCAGCCAUAUGCGAUCAUAUCGAUUGUCCGAAUAGCUUCGAUGAGAACUUUUGUGUUCUUAAAGUGCCAUCACAUAAAUGUGAUACGGCUACGGAGCAUCAGUGUUUGCACACCCAGAAAUGCGUUCCGAAAAGCCAACGCUGUGACGGUCGAAUCGAUUGCGCCUUCGGUGACGACGAGAUCGACUGCCAAUGCAAGGAGGGGCAAUACGCUUGCAAAGACGGGCGCCGCUGUAUUGACUCUGGAAAGGUUUGCGACGGCGUCGAGGAUUGCUGGGACGGCGACGACGAGCAGGAUUGUCCGUUGUCUUGUUCACCGAAGAUGUUUAAAUGCGGUAAUGAUCUGUGCCUCCCAAUAGAUUCGAUGUGCAACAACUUCAUUGAAUGCCCCGAUGGAAGUGAUGAGGCGAACUGUACGUACGUCGGAGUACGGACGGGCUUGAAGGAACGCGUUCCGUUCUUCUGCGCGAAGAAGCAAGGCGUGAUUUGGUGCGAUGGUGAAUGCGUUUACUACAAAGAGCUGUGCGACGGUAUGACCAACUGUCUCGAUGGACGUGACGAGGCUAACUGUACGCAUACCGAUAGCAGUCACUGCUCCGCUUCGGGACAAUUCCUCUGCAGCAACAACAAAUGUAUUCUGUAUGGCCUGGUCUGCGACGAAGAGGACGAUUGUGGCGAUAACUCAGAUGAGACGUUGCCCGAAUGCUCUGUCAUAAAGGCUCAAAACGGUCACAAGACGCCCACCAGAAGCUGUCACAAUGAUCAGUUCAGAUGCAGCAGUGGGAAAUGUAUUCAGUUGGCUGCUCUCUGCGACGGCAACCACGACUGCGACGACGGUGGUGAUGAAGGACGUCAUUGCCUACGUAACGAAUGUGAUAGUAAACCGUGCCAACAUCACUGCUUCGCUACACCCGAAGGAUUCCGAUGUUCAUGCAACGAGGGAUACCGUCUUGCAGAAGAUCGUCGUUCGUGUGAGGAUAUCAACGAAUGCGCUGAAGACCAUCAGGACGAUUGCUCUCAUUACUGCAUGAACACAGAAGGUGGCUUUUACUGCAGCUGCAGUGCCGGCUACGAGAUCGCUAUGGACAACAAGACAUGCAAACUGCUCGGAGUACCUCCUAUUCUGGCCUUCGUCUCACAUAAUGAGAUUCGCGCAAUGUCGAGUCGACAUCAUUUAAUGACCCGCAUGACACCUCAACACGACAGUAUGAUUAGCGGGUUGACUUUUAACGCGAUUACUCAAGUGCUGUAUUUUUCGGACGACUCAAGCAUUUGGAAAUUGCCUCUCGGAGACGCCGUCCUUAAUCCGAAGGAAGUGAUCGAAGCAACACGUUUCGUUAUGCCGCGUCAUAUUUCUCUAGACUGGGUCACUGGCAAUAUGUAUAUGGUAGAAGGACACGAAAAGAUUGUUGCUUGCAAUCUGACGUGCGCGCAUUGUAUUCACAUGGAAGGACUUGACGGUUGGAUGGGAAUUCGCUCCUUAGCGCUCGCCGCCAAUGAAGGGUUAAUGUUCUAUUCGUAUUGGGCUGGCCAUUCGACCAGUUCUUUGAGCGGUGUGGUUGUAAGCUCGGAAAUGGAUGGGGGUGCAAAGGCUGUCAUCAUCGAGAGUAGAACAAUAGAGCCUAGUCAUCUCCAGGUCGAUUUUAUUCACCGACGCCUAUAUAUCGCUGAUUCACGACUUCAAGUGAUUGAACACUUCGAUUUCCAGGGCAAUAAUCGGAAGGUGGUACUACGUGGCCAUCACGUAAACGCGUUUGUAUUACUACCUGAUUUACUUAUCUGGUCAGAGCAUAAUGGCAUCUUCAAGAAAAACUGGUUCCCUUCGAAAAAUACAAUUUCAUCGAUCGCACCCAAAGUGCACGCAUCGCUAAUGACCGUCCUUCACAAGGUGCGCCAGCCCCCGUGCUUCAACCCGUGCUUAAAUGCUCGUUGUGGGCACAUGUGCUUGCGCAACCGACACGGACACGUGUGCGCAUGUGACGCUGGGUUCAAGCUAGACCACGACAAUAGGACAUGUAUUCCGCUAACUGAUGACGACAUGGACGCGCGUUUCGCAGACGCCGCGGUUCAUGACUUUUGUCAUCCGGGUUGUGUGCACGGUCGAUGCAUCCUGCACCGGAACCAGAAGCUGGCAAGGUGUGAAUGCUCCCAAGGUUAUAGCGGUGCUCGAUGUGAUGUUUCCUAUCAUGAACUAUCAUCAGGAACGCUAAUUGUGCUAAUUGUAACACUGCUUCUUGUCGGACUUAUUGGCGGAACAAUUCUACUUGUUCUCCAUCGGUGCACAUCGCAGCUUUCGCCCAAGAUGAAUUUGUUAGCUACCUAUCGUGCCAGUGAUAUGAAGAAACUGAUUGGAGACGAUGAGGACGACCAGGACCUGGGCGACAUUCCGGAGCUGCAAAUUCAACACGGAGGAGUCCUGCACAACCCACUGUUCGGUUUACAAUGGGCCACUAUGGAGACAGGAGAAAAAUCCCUAGCGCAUGACAACAGCAAAAUUCGACCGUCGACUUCACCCCAGCUACGGAGCAGAAUCUACGACGGCCUUCAGAAAAGAAUGAGGUCCUUGAGAGAGACUUUUUCAAUUUUUAAGGGUUGGCUGUGUUCCCUAAACUGAUUAUAUAUAUAUAUA